AAAAAAAAGUUCACAAGAUUGAUUCCGUUUGCUUUGCUCAAAUUGAUACUCUAGUGCAUACUGACACCAGUCACUGAAAUCAGCAAAUCGCUUGAGCUUUUCCAUGAACUUAACUUGGGGCUGCAACUAGAGAGGCCUCACAGCCCAUCCAUGGCUUCCUCUCAUUUCCCAUGUAGUCAUCAUGUCUUCCUCCCUUCGUGCAAUUCCUUCAGGAGAAGCCAUCUCUCUUCGUUCAGGCCACAUGGGUCCUCUUCUUUGCACUCACACUCUCAGUUCCAAAGGGUCAGAGCCAUGGUUUCUGAUUCAAACACUGACAGAAGACAAGUAGAGAUAGUGUAUGAUCCUGAGAAAAGAUUAAGCAAGUUGGCAGAUGAAGUGGACAGGGAUGCUCCUCUUUCAAGGAUGACUCUGUUCUCGCCUUGCAAGGUUAAUGUUUUCCUAAGAAUAACCAACAAGAGGGAAGAUGGUUUUCAUGAUUUGGCAUCUCUAUUUCAUGUUAUAAGUCUAGGAGAUGUAAUUAAGUUCUCUUUGUCACCAUCAAAAACUCAGGAUCGUUUGUCGGCCAAUGUGCCUGGAGUUCCCCUUGAUGACAAAAAUUUGAUUAUUAAGGCCCUUAACCUUUACAGGAAGAAGACCGGCAGUGAAAACUUCUUUUGGAUUCAUCUUGACAAAAAGGUCCCUACUGGGGCUGGGCUUGGCGGUGGAAGCAGCAACGCUGCUACUGCACUGUGGGCAGCAAAUCAGUUUAGCGGUUGUCUUGCUACUGAAAAGGAACUCCAAGAAUGGUCAAGUGAGAUUGGUUCUGAUGUUCCCUUCUUUUUUUCUCAGGGAGCAGCCUAUUGUACCGGUCGAGGUGAGGUUGUUCAGAAUAUUCCCCCACCAGUAUCUUUGGACAUUCCAAUGGUUCUCAUAAAGCCACCGCAGGCAUGUUCGACAGCUGAAGUUUACAAGCGCCUCCAGUUGGGUCAAACUAGUAAGGUUGAUCCCUUAACAUUGCUGGAGAAGAUCUCAACAAAUGGAAUAUCUCCAGAUGUUUGUAUAAAUGAUUUGGAGCCUCCUGCAUUUGAAGUUCUCCCAUCCCUUCGAAGAUUAAAACAGCGUGUAAUUGCAGCUAGCCGUGGACAAUACGAUGCUGUUUUUAUGUCUGGAAGUGGAAGCACCAUUGUUGGUAUUGGUUCUCCAGAUCCCCCACAAUUUCUAUAUGAUGAUGAUGACUACCGUGAAGUGUUUUUGUCAGAGGCCAACUUUCUGAUUCGUGAAGCAAAUAAGUGGUACAGAGAACCUGCUUCAACAAGUGCUUCUACCUCAGCCUCCAAUUUUGCUGAGUCUGUUGAGUAAUAUUAUGGCCCCAAGUAAGAUAAAAUGAAAAUCAUCGAGUGUUGUUGUAUCAUUGAAUGAAUGGUGUUUAAUAUAUGCUAAUGUUGUCUUAUGUUCUUGUGUAAAAAAAAUUACUCUUAAUCAUGUAUGUAUAACAUUAACACCCCUGAUUUUUUAA